AUGGCCGCCGCAGCUGUUCAAACACCCAUCAUCCCCAACACCAAUCCGCAAGUCCAUCAAACGGAGCGGUCCACUCCAAAGCGUGAUGUGCGAACUAUUCUGAAUUAUUAUAAACCAAAUGAAGAUGGCUCGCCUCCUCAUCCUACCUACAUAGAUCGUCCGGAAACGUACAACCAACCCUUCGAGCCGCAUGACAUUACGGUCAGGGAUAUUGCCGGCGAAGAAGACAAGUAUACGCUUGAUAGGAAUGGAUUCCAGGUUCAUAGGCACGUUGCCACGGAAAAGGACUUUCUAGACGAGGCUCAAAUCAAGAGUAACUACUAUGCUGAAACGGAACAGCUCCUCAAAGACGUUACAGGAGCUUCCAAAGUCUUCAUAUUCGACCACACCAUCCGCCGCGCACCGCCCAACUCAAACGGCACACUCCGCGGCCCAGUCCAACGCGUGCACAUCGACCAGUCCUACUCGGCGGCGCUGUCCCGCGUGCCUCACCACCUCCCCGACCAGGCGGACCAUCUCCUCAAGGGCCGCGUGCAGAUUAUCAAUGUCUGGCGGCCGAUCAAGAAGAUUGAGCGGGAUCCGCUUGCCGUUGCGGAGGCGCAUUCCGUGCCGGACGCGGACCUCGUGGUACGGGAGCUGAUUUAUCCGAAUAGAAGGGGGGAGACGUACGCCGUCAAGUAUAAUGAGGGGCAUAAGUGGUUUUAUCGGUCGGGGCUGGAGCCGGGGCAGGUGUUGCUGAUUAAGUGUUUUGAUAGUAAGACGGAUGGGAGGGCGAGGAGGGUGCCGCAUACGGCGUUUGAGGAUGGGGGUGUUGGGGAGGCGAGGGAGAGUAUUGAGGUGAGAGCUUUGGUGUUUCAUGAGGGUGACGAUGGUUUGUGA